UUGAAAUACAAGGUUAUGAGGAUUUUAGGGUAGAAGCUUGAAUUGGAUUUUGUUAGAUUAUGAUUUAUGAAAAGUAAAAUCAAACAAACCUUUCACUAUUGACAAAAGAAAUAAGUGUAGAAAAUGAACCAAAAUUACCUCAAAAUCCCAACUUGAAGAAUGAGAAUCCAGGAUUGUGAUCUGGGUUUCUGGCCUUGUUUUUAAAUCAGAUCACCAAAGACUGAUAAAGCAGAAGACUUUAUAUAUUUAAAGGAGAAAGCACGUGACUUUUAGAGUUGGGCACGGGCCAAAUACCCGAUUACCGACUUGGCUAGAUUAGAGAGAGCUGUCGACGCAGGACGACGAGAGACGCGAGCUUUGUUUCAAUGGCGUGUUGAGAACUAGAGAUUGAGAUUUUGAGAGGAAUAAGCAGCAGCAGCAUCACCAUGGCUCCGGGGACGUUGAUUCUUCGUCGGCUCACGACGCACUUUGCCAAUCGAAUCAGGCAGAACCAGAGGCUUCUCAGCUCUCAUUUGUAUUCCUCUUCGGCGUUGGAAGAAGCUCCUUCCUCUUCUUCUUCUUCCUCGGCGAACUUGGAUGGCGUUCACAUGACCGACACUUGUAUUCAGAAAAUGAAACAACUGAAAGCGAGUGAAGCACAGGAAAAGAUGCUCCGCUUGAGUGUAGAAACAGGUGGAUGUUCUGGGUUCCAGUAUGUUUUUGAUCUUGUGGAUGACAAAACCAAUCCAGAUGACAGAGUGUUCGAGAAAGAAGGUGUAAAAUUGGUGGUCGACAAUAUUUCGUAUGAUUUUUUGAAAGGGGCAACCGUUGAUUAUGUUGAGGAGCUGAUCCGUUCUGCUUUUCAAGUGACAGAAAAUCCAAGUGCAGUCCAGGGUUGCAGUUGCAAAAGUUCUUUCAUGGUGAAAUUAUAGACUUGUACUAUUAUGCUGAGAGGGCUGAAUCAGAUUCAGCUGAAAUCCAUUUUUGAAUAAUGAUUAUUUGACUACAGUGAAUACAGUUUUUGACAUAUCAAGUGCUUGUAUCACGUCAUUAAAAUUUCUUACCACUACAAUGGUAGCGCCAAACGUUGAUCAGUACCUUUCAACCUCCAAUGUCCGAACCAACCUAUGGAUCAACUGCAAUCUUCCUCUGUUUUGUUCUUUGUUUUCCAUAUUGUUGAUACUAGUGAUUGUAACAACCGACUAUCAUUUGCAAGUUGGAUUCCAGAUAUCAUGAAUAUAGAGAUCAUGAAUAUAGAGAUCAAUUCCUAUGCUGCUUCUUGCUUGUAAUUG